AUGGAGACGUGCGAGGAGGCCGCCGUACCUGCAGCCGAGGAGCCGGUCCUGGUAGAGCCCGUCGUGGUGGAGCCGGUGGCGGAUCCAACCGUGGUCGAGUCCGUUGCGGAGGACCAGGCAUCCCAGGGCGGUCCAGACCGGCCCGUGCCCCGGAAGGGCAGCCCCCAGCCACCCGGGCCUGUCCCCUCCGCAGCACCUGCGGUGGCCGUGGCUUCCCGGUCACGCUUAGCGAAGCAGUCGCCGGGUUUCGGUGUCUUCGCGCGCGCCGCGGCUCAGGCCGCGGCCGAGACGCCGGUUCUGGACGACCCCUACUGGUUGCCUCCGGAGCCCAUCCCGCAGGUCCAGGAAGAGGAGUCCAAUGCCAGAGAGAGGCUGCGCAAAGUGACCAUCCUCGCUCUCAGCGAGGCCGAGGAAGGCGCGGUUGACAUUCUUAUGUAA